AUGCCCAAAACCCCAGAGCGGCACAAGCCGCCAAAAUUUCCAGAUGUAACAUCACACGAAAACGUUGCGCUGUUCUGCAGGGAUGGCAAGGUGCUAUUACGACGCCCUACGGUGACGAAAAUGUCCCGAAUGGCUAUGAAUGAACGAUUAAAUCGUGCCAGCGAAGUUCCUGGCGACUUGGUCAUGCCCCAACUAAACAUGCAAGGAGCCUGUGAAAUUAGUCGACCAGAGUUGAAACAACUCAGGUGCUAG